AUGGCGAAGAAGAGUAGCCCCCAAGAAACGCCCACAAAAGGGCACCAACCCGACGUCGUCGACAGGCUGAGCGAACUCUCCGACGACCUCCUCCUCCCCAUCCUCACCGCCGCCGAGCUCGACAUGGUAACCGCCGUCCGCACCACCCUCUUCAACACCCGCUGGCGCCUCUUCUGGAAGUCGUUCCCCUCCCUCUGGAAAUCCUCCCCGUCCCUCCGAUUCGAAGCCGCCGGGAUCCCCCCGGCCCGAUUCCACCGGCUCGUGGAGAACGCGCUCGACCACCGCGACCCCCGCUCCCCGCUCCGCCUCCUCUCCCUCACAGCAGCAGCAACCGCCGACGUCGCCGCCACCACCACCAUUUCCACCGAAUGGGCCCGCGUGCUGGACCGAAUCCACGACUACGGCCCGGCCCACCGAGUCCCAACACUCCGGUUCUCGGCCCAAGCCCAAACCGCCAACCGGCCCGUAUACUUCUCCGCGAGAUUCGCCUGCCUCUGCUCCGCCGUCCAAAACCUCGACCUCUCCCUCCUCAUCUUCGACCUCGACGAACUCCGGUCCAUUGCCUCGAAUUUCGCGUCCGUGACGUCACUCCGCCUCCACCGCUGCGUCAUCCGGCGAUCCUCCUCCUCCUAUUCCUCCUCCUCGCCGUUCGAUUCGAUCCCGUACCUGAAGAAGCUGGAGCUGGCCGACUGCCAGUUCGAGGCGGCCGCCGUCACGGUGUCGGGGAACUUUCUGGCGGAGAUCGUCAUCGUGUUCUCCGACACGGCGCCGCCGCAGCCUCGGUUCAAGAUUUCCGCGUCGUGCUGCCGGUUCCUGACGUGCAGGGGAAUCUACCUCGAUUACUCUGUGAGCGCGGACCUCCCGUCGCUGGAAUCGUUGGAAUUGGACGCCCGGCUGAGGGUGGACUACGCCUAUCCAAUUACCGCGGAGGAGUCGAGUCUUAUGUUCGUCCGCGUCUUCGAGAAGUUCGGCAACGCAGAGCGUGUCAAGCUGUCUCCCAAUUCCAUCAAGGCGCUAACCUGCGUUCCGGGAUUGCUGGAAGAACAGGCUUCUCCAUUCCAAAGGAUGAAGCUUGUGGAGCUCUAUGGUGGAAUACCCACCAUUAAAGAGUUUAACUCUGUGAUAAGUUACUUGUUCCACGACAAUAUUCGAGGGCCUGCUCUCUUCCACCGCUUAAAUGCCGGCGGCGACAACUCCCGACGACCGGUCGUUGUACGCAAGAGUGACUUACUAUCCUUGGCUCCAAGAUGAGAUCAGGGUUUAGACGGAAGAGAUCGACUGGUGUACGUAAUUAGUUUUAAGUAAAUAGUGAAAAAUGCACGUCCUGCUGCUAGGCCGGCUUCUUAGUUCUUGUCCCUUAAAGAUUUUGUUACAUUUAACUUUUGGUUCAGAUAACAAACAAUUCAAAAACCUUUGUUUGAUGUUUAGAUUAAUUUUUAUCUUGGAAUUUAUUGGUGUAACUUUAGAAUAUCGCAUGAGAAAAGGAAGAAGCAAAUCAAUUGAUGGAGAUUAAAAAGA